AUGUAUGACGCGAAAACCGAGGAUGAAGCUGAGGAUUUUGAAGAGGAUGAGGGAGCUGGAGGAGAUGAAGAGGAAGGCGAACCACAUUUUGAGUGUGAUCAACAGGAUAAGGAGCAUAUUCAUGAUGUGAGUUGGGGAGGAAAGGGGAGAAAAAGUGUGCCGCAGAAUUGCAGAAAAGGGGGCGUGGCCAAUUCUCACAUAUUUUCUUGUCAGAUGCUCGCAAAUCUCUACUUCAACAAAGUCGUUCUGCCACAAAUGGAAUACAUCGAGGAUUUUGUCGAUUUUCUGAUCGACGCCGAAUUGAAUGAUCUACCAGUGCUUAAAAGGGCGUGUGAACGAUAUUUGUGCAGCGAGUUGAAUACGGUGGGUUGCGGAAUACUGUAGCGUCCUUUAAAAAAGGAAAAAUCGAUUUUUCUUUUUCUAGAAAAAAGACAUAUCCACGUGUCUUUUGCUGGAUCUCUUGUUCAAUUCGAUUGUCUUUAAUCAACCGGUGAUGAAAAGUAUGACGUUGAGCGAGUUGUCGAAUCGAACUCACGAAUUUGUGGAUUUGGAUGGACUUUUGCAACAGGACGAAUUUGUGUACGUGAAAAUUGACCCGAAAUUUUCAAUUCUAUCUAGAGAUUUUCAGCGAUUUGGACAAGCGAAUGCACAAUUUGGCGGAUCGGAAUUUGACAGAACUCAUUGAGCAAUGUAUCAAUUUUAGGGAUCAGAAGGUGAGGAAGCUGGGCCUGAAAGGCCUACAUUUUUGAAGCCUGGAAUUCUCGGAAACCUCAAAAUAUUUCAUCAAUUUGAAGAUAGGCCUAAAUAAGCCUAAUCCUAAUUUUUUCAGGCUCGAGUUCGAAUUCUCCCAGUGCGUCAAGAAGAGAAUCCCUUCGACACCCAAUUUUCCGCCAAAGAUUUCUAG